UAGAACGAGAUAAGACAACAUGAAUCCCCCAUCGGCUGAUACACCACCCGUUAUAAGACCUUUAACAGCUGCCCUGCAAGAAGUGGCCAUACAAGAAUUGAAUGAAAAUCCCAAACAAUUGGAAGAGGAUGUUUUAAGAUUGAGACAAUGGAUUUUAAGCCAGCCCCACUUAAAGGCCAGAACCAACGAUCAGUUUCUAUUGGCCUUUCUAAGAGGUACAAAGUUUAGUUUGGAAAGAGCUAAACAGAAAAUCGAUCGUUAUUAUACACUAAAAGCUGCCAUACCGGAAGUAUUCAAUGAAAAGAGAGUGGUGGAUCAUCCCCAAGUAUUGGAGAUAGUAAGAAUGGGCAUUAUUUUACAAAUUCCUAUACCCGAGGAUGAGGGUAGGCCGUGUGUUACCAUUAUUAGAGCCACUGCUUAUGAUACCACUAAAUACAAAUUUGAGGAUAUUAUUAGAGUUGGCUCCAUGUUUGGUGAGAUCAUGAUGAUAGAAGAUGACAAUUCCACGGUAUGCGGCUAUAUGGAAGUUAUGGAUAUGGUGGGUGUAACGGGCACGCAUUUGUUUAAUUUACAACCGGACUUGUUAAAGAAAUUCUCAGUAUUUGCCGAUGAGGCCAUGCCCAUGCGUCAAAAGGGUACCUGUUUUAUUAAUGUACCAGGACCUUUUGAGAAAGGUUUCAACACUCUAAAAGGUUUCUUUCCCGAAAAAAUGAAAAGUAGAAUUUCUGUCAGCUCCACACCCGACAUUAUUUACGAUCAUGUACCCCGUGAGUAUUUGCCGGAAGAAUAUGGUGGCACCAAUGGCACCAUGCAGGAUAUUAUUGAACGCAUGGAAGCGAAAUUAUUAAAAUAUCGCGACUACUUUUUGGAUGAACCCAAUUAUGGUACAGAGGAAAAAUUACGAGAGGAUGGCUUACCAUUUGAUUAUGAAAGUUAUUUUGGUAUAGAGGGUUCUUUUAAACAAUUGGACAUCGAUUAAUUGGUUGAUCUAUAAUACUACUUUACUAAAAGCUCGUUUCAUUUUGUACUACUCCUAAUUAGUUUAAUAUUACUAUUAUUAUUACUUAUUAUUAUUAUAUAUAUCGUUAUUGUUGUUUUUU